GCCCUAACGGUCUCUCCUCCCUCCGUCUCUCUCGUCGAGAUGCCGUUAUCGCUCCCUCCCGCGCGAGUGUUUGCAGAGUUGGUCCCUCCACCGGUCGGGACGCCUGGAUCAGAAAACGAUUCGCCUGGAAUCAAAAAAGGGUUCCCCGGAUUUUUACAGCAGCCGGGCCGGGAGAUUCACGUGAGCGGGGCGGCGGAGCUAAGCGCGGGGCCGGAUCGGGCGAAGGUCACCGUCCACUUGAAAAGCAAGAAAGCGGAGGCCUGUGCAGCGCGGACCAGCGUCUCUCGGAGGCUAGACUACAUCACCCAGACUGCCCGGCAGCGCGGAGGCAUCUCGGAGGAAAAUGUGACUGUAACAAAGAACUUCAGUAGAAUAGAUAACGCUUAUAAGAUGGAAGCAGAGAUCUGCAUUACAUUCAGUGAUUUUGGGAAAAUGCAAGAUGUUUGUAACUUUCUUGUUGAGAAGCUAGAUAGUUCUGUUAUCAUCAGCCCACCUCACUUUUAUCAUACAGUGGAGACCAUAGAUACUCUUCGGCGUCAAGUAUGUCUUGCUGCAGUUGGGAGCGCACAGCAGAAAGCCCAAGAAGUCUGCCAAUUGUUUGGCCAGUCACUGGGAAAACCUUUGCUAAUAAGGGAAGAAGAAAUGAAAGAAUGGGAAGGCUCCUUAGAAAAUCACAUCAUCAGUCCAUCAGACUCAGUGAGUUUGCAGCAGAGACUCCAAAAUGCCACAGUCUAUGUUUCUUCAAAGAUGUUUGCUGUCUUUGAGAUAAAGGGAGAAAAAAAGAGAAAACAAGCAGCUCUUAAGAACUGAUUUUGUCAUUAAAAACCUGAUUUAAGAUUAUUUUGUUUUAGGAAGAAAAUUGUUAGCAGGAAGCUCAAAAAAUUAAAGGGACAAAUCUAGUAAGAAGCUGAGUUGCUCACUGUGCUGCAGUUACAUAUUGUGGCGAUAGUGCUAGCUGAGAACUGAUUCCAUGUCGUCUUCCUUUUUAAAGAGCUGAUGGCUUGUAUAAAUAAACAAUCCAGAAUUGUAAGUGGGUAAAUUCAGCCAUUCCUGUGUUAUGCUACAGGUUUCUUCCAGUAGCUUCCUGCCCCUUUUUUGUGCAUUACUGAUCACUGUUGCUGAGAAUUUGGCUUUAGCUAUCCAGAUGGUAAAUGCAGCAAUUGCCUUGUGGGAUGACAAUCAGAGCUACUUUUGCACAUGUGGAUUCUUCUCAGAACUGGAAAUGAAUAAAACAGUUGUCAUUCACACAAAAUGCCAUCUGUUCUCUACAACUUUGUACUAUAGCCAUUGUAUUUGUAUGUGAAGCGCUCCAAAAAACUGUUAAACAGACUUGAUUAAAAUUUCAUGGAACAAUUUUAUUGUUCUCUGCUAGCGCCCCAGUUUUGAAAACUACACUUUAUCCAGACUGACUUGGUCAGGAGAAGCCUAUAGGUUUUCCUAGCAACUGUGAAUAGAAUUCAGGUUUCAUCAAUGUCUUGGUAGACCAGUUGCAUUCUGUGAGUUUGCUGUAUGUCCAUUGGGUCACUGCAAACAACGCAUCUGGGGGAUUCAAACCGUUUGAGUUUGGAUUUAUUUAUUUAUUUUGCAACUUUAUGGGUUCCUCUAGUUUUGUCAAGAAUGUCCCCUCUGAACCUGGCAACACAUGGGAACAAGGUUCAGAAUUAGCUACAACCCCAUGAAGUAUACGUGAAAGAAAUAUUUUGCAAUUUAAUGGUCCAGAAAGUGCUCUUUCAGCCUUCUUCUACCAGGAAUGUUGUCUUUGGGGGCAAAUUACAGAGAAUUUGAGGAGGGAACACAGUAGUACAAAGUGAAAUAUGGUAAUCUGUUUAAAAGUUAAAGAUGUUACCCAAAUUGUUCAUCCCUUUUUAACACCAUCCGCUAGACACAUGGUCAUUUCCAGCAAUAAACUUCCUCAACUUCUUUAUUAUGAUAAGAUCCAAAUCAAGUCUUUGCAUCAUCAUACCAUUUGAUCAUUGUACUGCAUAAAGACCUUGUGGGCUAUGCUCAAGGAAUUGGUAUAGAUAAUUAGAAGAUGAUUUAGCCCCAUACCAAACAAAAUUUUAAAAAUCAUUCAGGGACCUAAUUGUAGUAAUUUAAAGCCAAUUUCUUAAUACUUUGAAUCCUAGGUCACAGGAAGGAGGCAGUACUGAUACAAAAAUAGGGCUUAAGUUACAAUGGCAGGUUCAUAGUGUUGAGAGGGUUGCUGGACCCAGGCCUCCUGUUGGAGAUGGCAAAAUAAAACAACCCACUGUGAAAACAGGCUAAUUAAAAACAAAAACACAGUUUUGUUGCCAAAAGGAAAGAUUGAAGGACUUUGUUCUAUGGAAAAUGGUAUUAAUAGCCAAAACAGUUUAGGAGUGUAUAUGAAUGUCAGUUGAUAUUGUUGUGCCUUUGAAUAAGCUAUUUGUCCUGAAUGGAAUUGUGGUUUUGAUAAAGGCUUACAUUUGAAACAGUGGAAUAACCCAGGGAUAACCGUUAACUGAAAAUAGACCAAAGUUAUAAACAAUACAAGUUUAGAACUAAAGGCACUUUAUAACAGAACUACAGAAGUUCAAGAUUGAACAUAAUUUAUGCUGAAAUUGGAAUUUGUAAGUUAUUUGCCUAAAGGCAAUAUGGACCUUCUGGGUGCCUAUUGUAAAUAUUAGAUACAGAACACUUUAUAUUUAAUUGUAAUAUUGUCAGUGUGUAUUUAAAUUGUUAUAAUUAUGUUUGUGUAGAAGAUAUUGUAUAAACACUUUUGUUUUUGUAUAAACCUUGUUUUUAAUUAGCCUGUUUUUACAGUGGGUUAUUUUGCUAGGAUAAACAGAUGGCAGCAGUGGCCAUGGGUGCCUUCCACCAGUUUCGUCCCUUCCUCAGUGGGAAAGAUCUUGCCAUUGCGUACCAUGCCCUGUUAACAUAUAGAUCAGAAUACUACAGUGCACUCUUGCUCUUUAGGACUGUCCAGAAGCUAUUUGGUACCGAUUGCUACAGCCAGAAUGUUGACUGGAAUAGUGUAGAGACCAUAUCACUCCUGUUUUAUUCCAUCUACUCAGACUCCCAAUUUGCUUUCCAGGCUCAAUGACUCAGGUAAUUUUCGAAGGCCUUGCUUCAGGUGCCGCCACUCUUGAGAUUUUACUGUAGUUCUUGAUCUUCUGCUUGAAUUAGCAGAAGAUCUUAAGACCUCUUAUGAGGCAUUGCAGCAUUAUGAAUGAAGUGUUGAACUUGUGCUUUGUUCAGUUCUUGUGCUUCUGCAGCUUCAAGCAGCAGCUCGUAAUUAAUUUGCUUUAUUUAAAACAUUUUUAUGCUGCAUUUCCACCCAAUUUGGGCCUUCCGUGUUACAAAUAGUUAAAAUAUUUAAAAUCAACAAUAAUUCAGUGAUAUAAAUGUGUAUGAACCCAUCUGACCACAGCAGCCAUCUUCUUAGCCCCUGCUUCAGGCACCCCUGCCUUCUGAGCUUACAAAGGAGGCAAUCAAGAAGAGAUCUGACUUAGGGCACCAAAAUUCUAGAAUUCUCUCUUCAGGGAUAUUUGUCUGCUAUCUUCCACCAAAUGAAGACUGGUAUCAUUUGGCAUUCCUUCAGUCAUCCUUCCUGCCCAGUGUUUUAGUAACUGUUCUUGUAUGUGUAUUUUAGCUUUUGAAUUGUUUUAAUGAUGUGUUUUCUGUUGAUUUUAAUUAUUUUAAGAUGUGAUUUCAUUAUACAGGUUUUUAAUUUAGUUAGCCAACUUAAUAACCCUUAUGAUGGCAGAAAUGUGGUGUAUAAUUUUGUAAAAUCAAUUAAAAAUAAAACAAUUAACAAGGGAAUGUCAAAUAAUGAUAGAGAGGAACAAAUCUUCGUGUGAAGGAAAUUCUAAUUUUGGUGCCACACCCAAAGGUGGCCCUUUCUUGAGUUGCUGCUUGUCUCAUCUUAAAUGACAGGCUCCCAAAGGAGACCAUGAUGGUUGGGUUAGGUUCAUGUGGGAAUAGGUAGUCUUUAAGGUCUGCUAGUCUCAAGCCACAU